UCUUCCAGAUGCGUUUUUGGGGUUUCUCUCUAGAACUCUCUAUCAUAAACUCUGUUCCUCGUAAUACAGUCGUAGAUUCUUGAAAAGAUCGAAUUGACUGAGGGGAAUCGAAGAUGACGUCAUCAGAUGUUGUAUUAGAGCAACGGAUUAAGGAAAUAGGGAAGCAGUUAUCACAUCCUCCGGAUUCUGUUGAGGAAUUGCUCACUGUUCUUGAUAAAGUGGAGAAGCUUUUAUCGAAGGUUGACCAGUCGCCGAAAUGGUCGAUGAUUGGUGCGCUUAGACCGUCGAUAACGGCGUUGAUUAAAGACGGUCUUUCAAAACAUUCUGAUGUUGAUGUGAAGGUUGCAGUUGCUUCCUGCAUAAGCGAGAUAACGAGAAUUACAGCUCCUGAUGCACCUUACGAUGAUAACCAAAUGAGGGAUGUAUUUAAGUUAAUUGUUUCUACGUUUGAGGGUUUAGCUGACCAGUCCAGCCGAUCUUACUCCAAAAGAACUUCAAUUCUUGAAACUGCUUCGAAAGUCAGGUCAUGGGUCGUCAUGCUUGAUCUUGAAUGUGAUGCGUUAAUUGUGGAAAUGUUUGAGCAUUUUCUAAAAUCAGUAAGGGACUAUCAUUUAGACUCUGUUUUUCCAUCGAUGGAAAGUAUAAUGGUGUUGGUUAUAGAAGAAAGUGAAGAAAUUCCAGUUGAGAUGCUCAAACCACUACUCGCUCAUGUUAAAAAGGAUAACACGGACGUCUUGCCAAUAGCUCGAAAUUUAAGUGAACGAGUACUUGUGAAAUCUGCCGAAAAGCUAAAGCCUUACCUUCUGCCAGCUAUCACCGCUCUUGGUGAAUCUUUAGAUACGUACACUAAAGUCGUGACUGCAGUAUGUAAAGGCACAACUGCUACUAAUGAAAGUAAGCUUACAACGACAUCAUCAGAUCAGACGGAUCAGUUUGCAGUAUCGAUCCAACAAAAAAAGUCUAAAGCUCAACAACUGUCUUUAACUACACUCCCUCCAUCCAUAAUAGAAACCAUCCUAUGUCUUUUACCAACUGCAGAAGCAGCAAGGACAAGUAUCCUCUCAAGGGAAUGGAGGUACAAAUGGACGAAGAUUCCUAAACUUGUGUUUUUUCAUUCUAUUGAAGUGGCGCAAUUGCUCCCGUCUGAUUGGGCGCAAAUGUCUGACUUAGAAUGGGCAAGGAUAAAAAAGGACAUGAGGUGUAAACUUUUCUAUGCUAUACACCAAGUUCUGUUACUACGCCAGGGUCCAAUACAUGAGUUCACUCUUUUGAUGAAUGCAGAUCGCACCUGUUUUGAACUUGAUCAGAUACUGCUUCAUUUGUCGGGGAACCAUACUAUCAAGAAAUUAACACUUAAGCUUCAUCAUUCGGAUCCAUAUGGUUUACCCUUGUCUGUCUUCUCGUUGCAUCACUUAACGGACCUCUGUCUUCAACAUUGUGCUAUCAACCAUAAACCUAUUUUCAAUGGAUUUGGUAGCCUAACAAGUUUAACCCUAAACGAAAUAAGGAUCUCUAGAGAAACUCUUCUACAUCUUUUAUCUAAUUGUCCAUUGCUUAAGAGCUUGUAUCUGCUUAUAUAUGAAGGACAAUUUGUUGGUGAUGAAUAUCCAUUUAUGAAGCCAAGCAAUAUGGAGCUAUUCAAGUGUUUACCUGUGAUUGAACAUCUGACCACUUCUGGUUAUCUCAUUAUGUCGUUAGUUCAAGCCUCGAUUCCAGAAGAGCUUCCAGCCUCACUAAUCCAUCUAAAAUGUUGUACUAUCGAAGAUAUGUGUUUUGUUGACGCCUAUGGAUUGCCUUUUCUUGCUGAUUUGAUCAAAUGCUCCCCGAACUUGGAGAAAAUUAAGCUAGAGAUUAAUGCUGACUGUUGUAUUGAAACAAAGGUCGAUAAGUUGGAAGAACAUUCCGUUAACUUGGAAGAAUAUUCAGAUAUUUGGUUGGAGCAUCUGAAUGAACUGGAGAUUAAAAAUUUUUGUAACUAUAAGUCUGAGUUGGAGUUUGUGAAGUUAAUCUUGGCCAGGUCACCCAAUCUGAAGAAGGUUAUAUUGGUAACCUGGAUGGAUGAUAAAAUCGAAGAGUUUGAGAUGUUAAAAAUUCUCCUACGCGUCCCACGUGCAUCACCAGUAGAAAUAAGUGUUGAGAGUUGCUGAAAAAGACUAUGAGGACCAUUAGAUCGCUCAACUUUCUUGAGAACUAAUCUUGUAUUGCUAUUUGUAAUUCUGGUUAACUUAGAAAGAUUUUGUUGGACUCGGUUGCUGCAGCAAUAGAUAUGAUCCUGUAUAUACUUGUUAUCUGACUAUUUGAAAAGCAUUUUCUCCCCUACUA